GUGUCUCACAGAAUGACAAAGCGUAGUGCGCAAUGCAUGACUAGAUGCGCCCAGUAGUCGGUGGGAGAUCGGACGCCUGUAUUAGCUUUCUCGCUAUCCCAGCUGGGCUAGAUUUCCUCGGUGCGUAUCUUGUGCGUACACACGCCAUCUCCGAAGCGAGAUCGGCAACCUGCUACUGCAUUGGAGCAUUUAAGGACUUCGCGGAGAACUGGACCUUACACCAGCGUAGAACGAAGAGGUCGUCAUGCAGAAAGGUCAAAUCCCUUCAGCGUUUGUGCCCACCUUUUUUGUCGCAGCACUAUUGUCAAACGACGUAGUUUCCUCGCAAGGGACUCGUGAUAUGACGAGGUUUCUCAAUACAAGCGAACCAAUAUGGACGUACAAGACGACGACCACACGGCGAGGAUAUGACUGCAGUGUGGACGUAAUUGAUAACAUAAACGAUAAUUACGUCCUCUUUCGGAGAUUGCUUGGCUACAGAAAAGUUAUAAUCAGCGACUUCCAGCAGUUUCUCGAAGGUUACCUCUGGUACAGCAGAUCUCCAGAUGAUCCAAGAAUCCAGGUAUAUGACGCCCUGAACGUGAGCUUUCGGGGUGCUACUCCUUCUAGCAGGGAAAUAUUAUUAUACCAAAGCGCAGACAACGAGUGUGGUGUAGUUGCUACUUAUGAUCUGGUAAAUGGUGGAGCAGAGCCCACGUAUGAGCUGCGGGUGAAAAAUUCCUCGAUAGAAGCAGCAGAGCAAGGCAAGUGCUUGGAUGCGUACCAGAAAAUUGUGGAACGAAAACCUUCCAAAAUCUCCUACGUGCCCAGUUGUCAGGAUAUCUUGAAAGGUAGAGACAACAUCAUACCUGGCAACGCCAGUCUUGCAGGAGCCGUAGGUUUCAACAGUGCGGGAGCCACGAGGAGGUUGUUCGGCGCUCCCGUGAUUUUAUUCUACUACCCCUUCCAAGUGGCACUGGUUCUUUUCCCUCUGUAGGUGGCCUAAGCAGUGCUUGGAGCUCAUUCUCUGCUCGAUUUAUUCCUGUUUACGGACAAGAGCAAUCUUUACCUGAAGGCAUGGGCGUGUUUGUAAUUGUUGUGGAAAAUAAAUUAGUGUUCAUGUUAUAUCGCAA